GAUGAUCGGCCGAUUAGUAUCAAUGUCCUCAUCGACUCUUUGAUGUUGCUGUAUCAAGAAUGCCUGUCACUCUCUUCAAACAACUCAUCCAUGACUACCAUUCAGAAUAGUAAUUCUAAGAUUGAGCCUGUUGUAACAGAGCUACGUAGACUGAGAGUUAGUGAAGAUGACUUCAAGGUCAUAGGUCACAUUAGUAGAGGCCACUUUGGGGAGGUGAAAUUAGUGAAAGAGGAGAUCACUAAUAAUAUCUAUGCCAUGAAGGUCAUGAAUAAAAGUGAACUUCUGACACAGAAAUAUAACGUCUCACUCGAAGAAGAGAGAGAGAUAAUGAGUAAAUCAUCGUCUGAGUGGAUAACGCAGCUCUACCAUUCGUUCUACAACUCGAAAAAUGUCUACCUAAUCAUGGAAUUUCAUCCCGGUGGUGACCUACUUUCUCUCCUAUCUAGAUUCAAUGAUAUAUUUCCUGAAAAAAUGGCUCAAUUCUAUCUGGCCGAAAUGGUCAUGGCAGUCAGAUCCCUCCAUUUGAUUGGUUACAUACAUGGAGAUCUUAAGCCGGAAAAUGUCCUACUGGAUAAGACAGGCCACAUUAAGCUAGCG